GCGUACCACGUGAACGAGCCAACCUUACCUGUCUCGGUAGGAAAGUCUGGUGCUUGGGUAAGGUCGCGUCAUGGGUAUUCUAGCGUGUGUUCGCGGCGAGCGGACCUGAUACAGCCGAUAUUCCUGCCGCAGUCGCUGCCGGUUACCAACCGUGCGACCAGUCCGACCGACCCAUCGUCGGCCGUCCCGUACCCCGUUCUUUGUUGUUGUGUGUUUUUGUUGUGGUUGUUCGCGGGUGCGAUCGCUCUCGCAAAUAUGGGCAAUAAGCUGUGCAAGAAGAAAGUGGACGGUGUCGAUAAUGUGGAUAACGCAGCCAAAACGAACGGCGGCGCUCUGGAUAGGAUUUUCAAUAGGUUGCACUUACGUCCGAAGUCAUGGAAAUCUGAAUCACAUUUGAACCAAAAACAAGUUAACAGGUUCGAAGGAAACACAAAGGACCCAACUAAAGAAACGAUGACGAAGUCAAAAUCGACAGAUUGGACGAACGUCGACCUAGAAGUGCCCGACAAAGAAACGGUCCACCUACAAAAUCCGAAGUUGGCGUUGAUCUUCAACACAGAUGAAGGAACACCUACCCCGCCACCUCGCAAACACAAAAAGGGUUUCAGAGAAAAAAUCGAGGCGGUGGCCAAGUCCAGCCUGCAGGCGUUCCAAUCCAAAAAGCCGGUUGAGGAAGAGGUGUGCGUGAAGAAGAAGAUCAACUUCAAUUGUCCGUAUUGCGACGGCGAUGAAAAAUCGCACAACAGAGACCACCACCACCAACACCACCACGAUAAGAAACACGAGCCGAAUCAAAGAGACAUCGAACAACUCAUUAUUAACAAUAACUCGAUUCACGCCGACAAAAAAUCCGAUUCGAAACGUAGGAAAAAUCUGUCCGUUGUUUCGUUGCCGAACUACAACGACCUGAAGUUGACGGUGGCAACUUUCGACGACAUCGACAAGAAGCCGGUGGACGUGAAACGUAACUCCGUUACGUCGUUGCACGAGACUAAAAAACUGACGAGCGCAGCUUCGACAGGUAAACUGGACAGUUACAUAACGAGAUGCAGGAGUUUCGGCUCGCUCAUACCCCAACAAAUAAUGGGCAAGCUGAAAACGAGGAAAACACCCGCGGACGCCGAGAGCGACGACUCGUUCGGCGCGCUGGAGGACUGGGAUCUGAGGAUUAUCGAGCACUAUAACCCGAAGGAUGCCAGUUUGCCGAGAGUGAGGAAGCUGCCGGAGAAGAACGUCCUCUCGGACAUCGAGAGCAUGAUAGUACAAGAGGAGGAAAUACCCAAGCCGACGCCGCCGGUGAGAAGAUCCGAGUCUUUGGUGAAGAAGAUUAACAGGCAGGCGCAGAACGUCUCGAAGAGGUCCAAGGACGAGAGGCCGGAAAGCGUCACGCCUCCACCCUCGCCGAACAGCAGGAAAGUCGAGAGGGUGCCUCAGGUUGACGUCGCGAAACUGCCCCACAUGGAGAACGGCGUUGUGGAGCACUCCAGUUUGAUGAAGAUUUUGGAGGAGUUUUCGGUGAAGGAUGCCAGCAAGCCGAGGGAUCUGGCAUCCGUUUUGGACGACGACACGAUUCCGCACAUCGACGCCGACGAGGAGGAGAUCGAAAAGUUGGAGGCGAAGCGAAAUUACAGCGAACCACCGCCAACGUCGCCCACUUUGAUUAAAACCAAGGCUGAUAUUGACAUGUUUAUCAGAAAUGAAGGGAAUGAUACGCUGGCAAGACACGGAUAUGUAGAGAUUAAAAAUAUUUAGAUGUUUUAGAAGUUAGAAUUAUAUUUUUGUAUUUUACAUUAUGUGUAGCUUUAACAUGUUUCGAUUGUGUUAUUUAAUUGUAAUAUAUUUUAGUGCUAUGGUAGUUUUUAACGAUUUAUAUUGUAUAUAAAGUUUAUGUAUAGUUGAGGCUGUACGUAUUUAUUAUUAAAUCGUCGUGAGUUAUUGGUAA